UUGUGAACAGAGAAGAGUUCAAUUAUCCUAAUCUGAGUUUUGAAUAAUAAGAAAAACAAUGUCUGAUGAGGAGCACCAUUUCGAGGCUAAGGGUGAUGCAGGAGCAUCAAAAACAUAUCCACAACAAGCUGGAACCAUUAGGAAGAAUGCUUACAUUGUAAUCAAAAACAGACCUUGCAAGGUUGUAGAGGUUUCAACUUCGAAAACUGGGAAGCAUGGACACGCGAAGUGUCACUUUGUUGGUAUUGACAUCUUCACUGGGAAGAAGCUUGAAGAUAUUGUCCCAUCUUCCCAUAACUGUGAUGUUCCUCAUGUCAACCGAACUGACUACCAGCUCAUUGAUAUCUCCGAGGAUGGAUUUGUGAGUCUGCUCACUGAGACGGGUAGCACUAAGGAUGAUCUUAAGCUUCCAAGUGAUGAAAGUCUGCUUUCACAGAUCAAGGAUGGAUUUGCUGAGGGUAAGGAUUUGGUCGUGUCAGUUAUGUCUUCCAUGGGUGAGGAGCAGAUUUGUGGCCUUAAGGACAUUGGCCCCAAGUAGUAGGCCAUGUUCCAUACUUCCAUGUCACUUUAAUGCUGGAACUGGAAAGCAUAAGUUGCAAAGAAGAUUAUAAAUAGCAAUCUUUCUUUUUCCUUUUAAUUAUACUUAUAUGGUUUUAUGUGCUAAUUUAUGCCAAAAUGUGUACCAUUCUUGAAAUGUCUAGUUGUCUACUUUGUGACUUUAUAUGUACAGGAGUUCUUAACACACACACAUUAGUGUUCUCAAUAUUAGUAUUGUUCUAACCAAAAAUAAAGAUAGAAACCAGACAACUUUAAGCUACGUUCUAAAUCAAGAACCAAAAAUGAAAGUUGCUCGAACAAACAAUUGCAAAACAUCCAUAAAUUCUCCUGAAGUAAUCUCAGAAGCAUCCAAAGGGUAAAAAAAGUCAGAACAAUACUUCUAGUUUAAACUGUUUGAGUGAUGCGCAAGAUGAACAAUAUAACGUCAAUACAUGGAAAAUAUAAAACAUCAUCGGUGACUCAGUUCUCAGCUUGUAUAAUAUACUGAACAUCACUGAAAUAUAGGCAGUGAAUUGAGUAGUUUUUGUAAGACAUAUGUUAGAAUAUAACUUAUUCAGAAUCAUGAGGAGCCCUAGAAAUCACUAAAUCACGUUUGAUGAUUUGGAGUGAAGCAAAAGUUC